CAUUUCCCCGAUGUCCAAACAAAACCCGAAAAAAAAAACCCCAAAUUUCACGCUCGCAAGGGAGGAGUAGGACCCAGGGAAUCAGACGGAGAGGACUGCGUGGAAUCAGCGGGUGGCGUGGUCAGUAAAUUCAUCGGUGGAAUCAACGGCCGUGAUCUACCCCGUUUCGGGCCUUCGUUGAUCGAAAGGAUAUCUUGACCUUUUUUGAAAAUUCUUUCUCUGCUCCUUGCCUUGACCAACGAAGAGAGAGGGAGAGUUUAGAGCGAAGGAGACAUAAAUAUGGGGGUGUUGAAUUCGAGCAAUGGGUAUGCGUAUCUAAUGGUGAUUAUGGUUUUGGUGGUAUUACCUUCAGACACAACAGCGAAAGAGCAAUUGACUACUAGAGAAUGUGAAGAUCUGGGUUUCACAGGCCUUGCUUUGUGUUCUGAUUGCAAUUCUCUUGCUGAGUAUGUCAAGGACCAAGAACUGGUAGCAGAAUGUCUGAAGUGUUGCACGGAAGAUUCUAAUGAUUCUUCCAGCAAGAUAACCUAUUCUGGUGCCAUAUUGGAAGUGUGCAUGAGGAAACUGGUGUUCUAUCCCGAAAUUGUUGGUUUCAUCGAAGAAGAGAAGGACCGCUUUCCCUUUGUUAAAGUUCAAUACAUUUUCAAUUCACCACCCAAACUGAACAUGCUUGAUGAUGCUGGCCAACAAAAGGAGACCAUAAGAAUUGACAAUUGGAAGCGUGAACAUAUUCUGCAGUUCCUGCAAGAGAAGGUUAAGCCUACUUCGGCAUCUUGAGUGGUCUUAUUCUCAAUCCUUUAUUAGCUCACAUGAUAGGAAAGUUUCCAAUUCAAAUUGGAACUUGAACACUGAUAUUUGUUAACAGGGGAAUGAUUUUAUUUAAUGAACUGACUGCAGAUAUUUCUAUAUUUGAUAGUUCUUAUUGGUAUCGUUCGCCAUGUUAUUGUAUUUUCAGCUUGUUGCAAGAUGAAAUUAGAUUGAUAAAUGGUUUUAGCUCAAGGAGAGAAGCUACUCCAUUUUGUAAGAUCCAUCAAAUACUUUUUUCUUUUAUUUCGGCUAAAUGCAGAAAAGCAAAUUUUGGAUA